AUGUUGUGGGACUUCUUAGAAUCCGAGUUAAAACUUAAAAGAGGGAUUAAUAUUGUUAGUCGAGAUUCUCUUGGCAGCGACCCUUUCGUCAUCAUAACCAUGGGUCCUCAUAAACUGAAGACUCGUGGUGUGGAAAACAACUGCAACCCAAAGUGGAACGAUGAAUUGACGCUUGCAAUCAAAGAUCCUAAUGAAUCUGUGAAUCUUGAAGUGUAUGAUAAAGCUACGUUCAUCUCGCAUGACAAGAUGGGAGAUGCGGAAAUAGACAUCAAGCCGUUUCUUGAGGCUCAAGCAAUGGAUUUUCAAGAACUCUGA